AUGUUUGUUCUAAGAGUUAAUAGUUUUGUAUCAGUGAGUGCUCUGAAUAACCAAAGCUCAGAAUCAUGGUUGAAUAAGAUAUUAUCACGAAAAAUUUCACCUAACGAAGCUGCGAAAGAAUCCCACUCUAGAAUGCUUAGCGACAAAGAAAUCCUCUACGCUCUACACACUCAUAACGUUCGCGCUGAUUCGACUCAAAAUUAUCUUAAUAAUUAUAAAACUACUGUCGAGCUAAUUGAGUCGAAGAAGAAUUUAGCUUGUGAAUUGGUGGCAAGUUGGUCUGUCCAAGUAGGAGAUCAAGAUCAAUUCUUACAUUUAUGGCGAUAUACAGGGGGAUUCCAAAAAGUUGAUUUGGCUGAAGAAGAAUUGAAAAAAGAUCCUAAUUUCAUUAAAUUGUCAAUUGAAAGAGGCGGUUUGUUAAGAGCCAGACAUUUGCAAUAUUUGUUAGGCUUCAGUUACUGGCCAGUCAUGGAACCACGAACAGGAAAAAAUAUUUAUGAAAUGAGAUCGUAUCGCUUGAAACCUGGUACGAUGAUUGAAUGGGGUAACAAUUGGGCUCGAGCUAUCAAUUUUCGUCGCAACAACAAUGAGGCAUACGCGGGAUUUUUUUCUCAAAUUGGUAGAUUGUAUAAUGUUCAUCAUAUCUGGUGCUACUCGUCCUAUCAACAAAGAAAAGAGACUCGUGAAAAUGCAUGGAGGCAGCCAGGAUGGGAUGAAUGUGUAGCAUACACAGUUCCUCUUAUUCGAGAGAUGCAUUGCCGUAUUCUUAUUCCUACAGAAUUUUCUCCAACCAAAUAGAUAAUUAAAUGUUUUUUUUAAUUGCAAAUAUCCACAAAGAUUUAUUUUAGAUAUAUGUGUAUGUAAAGUAUCUCAAUUCUGUAUGAAUGUAAGAUUUAUCGUUUCGUGUCAUACAAAAUUUAAAGAAGUUGAAGAAAAUAAAAUUAUAGUAAACCGAUAAACAAA